UUUGACACAUGAUGCAGCGGCAAACAUGGCUUCUCGCGGGGAUGCUAUGAUGCUACCAAAAAUGUCCUAAAAUUGAAUUUAAUUAAGAAUAACGUUAUUGUUUGUUACAUCAGCCCUAUUAUAUAUUUGUACGUUAUUUCAAUAAAUGGUAUGUUUUAGAUUUGCAGGGCUAUUUUAGUUAGCGCAUGCAGAAGUGUAAAUGUAGCUAGCUAGUAGGCUUACCGGGUAGUUUGUUCCUUGUAUUGAAGCGUGGCCCGCUAUUGUCGUGAAGACAAGUGAAUGAGCCACGAUGACGUCCAUUAUCAAGCUGACAGCUUUGUCAGGAGUUCAGGAGGAAUCUGCCCUCUGCUACCUUCUCCAGGUGGAUGAAUUUCGCUUCCUGUUAGACUGUGGCUGGGAUGAGAACUUCUCAAUGGAUAUCAUCGAUGCCAUAAAGCGGCAUGUGCAUCAAAUUGACGCCGUGCUUCUCUCCCAUCCUGAUCCGAUACAUCUUGGAGCGUUGCCAUACGCUGUGGGCAAAUUGGGGCUAAAUUGUACCAUAUAUGCAACGAUACCCGUCUACAAGAUGGGUCAAAUGUUCAUGUAUGAUCUUUAUCAGUCCAGAAACAACAGUGAAGAUUUUACUCUCUUCACCCUUGAUGAUGUGGACAGUGCUUUUGAUAAAAUUCAGCAGUUGAAAUAUUCACAGAUUGUCAAUCUGAAAGGAAAAGGACACGGCCUUUCCAUUACACCACUUCCUGCCGGUCACAUGAUUGGUGGGACCAUUUGGAAGAUUGUCAAGGAUGGGGAGGAGGAGGUUGUUUAUGCUGUGGACUUCAACCACAAAAGAGAAAUCCACCUGAACGGCUGCACUAUGGAGAGCAUCAGCCGACCUUCCUUGCUGAUCACGGACUCCUUCAAUGCAGCAUAUGUACAACCGCGGCGCAAGCAAAGAGAUGAACAGCUACUAACUAACAUAAUGGAGACGCUCCGUGGGGAUGGUAACGUGCUUAUCGGAGUGGAUACAGCUGGGCGGGUGUUGGAGUUGGCUCAGCUCCUGGACCAGAUUUGGAGGACAAAAGAUGCCGGGCUUGGAGCUUACCCGCUCGCCCUACUUAACAAUGUCAGCUACAAUGUUGUGGAGUUCUCCAAGUCCCAGGUGGAGUGGAUGAGCGACAAGCUCAUGAGGUGUUUUGAGGACAAGAGGAAUAACCCCUUCCAGUUCCGACAUUUGACCCUCUGCCACAGUUUGGCCGACCUGGCUCGGGUUCCCAACCCUAAAGUAGUGCUCUGCAGCCAGCCGGAUUUAGAGUCUGGCUUUUCUCGAGAACUUUUUAUCAAGUGGUGUCAAGACAGCAAACACUCGGUCAUCCUGACUUAUCGCACCACACCUGGAACACUGGCCCGCUACCUCAUUGAUCACCCGGACGAGAAGAUGCUGGAUCUGGAGGUGAGAAAAAGAGUGAAGCUCGAAGGCAAGGAGCUCGACGAAUACCUUGAAAAUGACAAAAUUAAGAAAGAAGCGGCAAAGAAACUGGAACAAGCAAAAGAGGUGGAUGUAGACUCCAGCGACGAGAGCGAUAUGGACGACGACCUGGAUCAGCCAGCGGCGGUCAAAACCAAACACCACGACUUGAUGAUGAAGGGCGAGGGAAACCGUAAAGGCAGCUUCUUCAAGCAAGCCAAGAAGUCCUACCCGAUGUUCCCAACGCACGAGGAAAGGAUCAAAUGGGACGAGUACGGGGAGAUCAUCAGGAUUGAAGAUUUUCUGGUUCCUGAGCUGCAAGCUGCGGAGGAGGAGAAAAGCAAACUAGAAUCGGGCUUGACCAACGGUGAUGAGCCGAUGGACCAGGACCUCUCUGUUGUUCCCACCAAAUGUGUUUCUAGUAUUGAGAACCUUGAAAUCAGAGCCAGAAUAACGUACAUCGACUACGAAGGUCGCUCCGACGGCGAUUCUAUCAAGAAGAUCAUCAACCAGAUGAAGCCCAGGCAGCUGGUGAUUAUCCACGGACCUCCGGAGGCCAGUCUGGACUUGGCUGAGUCCUGCAAGGCUUUCAGCAAAGAUCUCAAAGUGUACACACCCAAACUUCAGGAGACCGUGGACGCCACUAGUGAGACGCACAUCUACCAGGUGCGGUUGAAAGACUUCCUGGUGAGCUCCCUGCAGUUCUGCAAGGCCAAAGACACCGAGUUGGCGUGGAUUGACGGCGUGUUGGACAUGCGCGUGGUCAAAGUAGACACAGGCGUGAUGCUCGAGGAGGGCUCCAAGGAGGAGCCUGAGGACGGUGAGCUACCCAUGGACACCGUCCCCGACCUCGGUAUUGAUCACAGUGCUGCAAUGGUGGCGGCUCAGCGAGCCAUGAAGAACCUAUUUGGGGAGGACGAGAAAGAGCCGUCUGACGAGAGUGAUGUCAUUCCCACACUGGAGCCGCUGCCUUCACAUGAGGCGCCCGGACAUCAGUCGGUGUUCAUCAACGAGCCCCGCCUGUCCGACUUCAAACAGGUCCUCCUCAGGGAAGGCAUCCAGGCUGAGUUUGUGGGAGGAGUGCUGGUCUGCAACAACUUGGUGGCUGUUCGCAGAACGGAGGCGGGCCGCAUCGGCCUGGAAGGCUGCCUGUGCGACGACUACUAUAAGAUCCGAGAGCUGCUGUAUCAGCAGUAUGCUGUCGUAUAGCGACAGCAGAGACCCUCGCUGAGGAGGACUUGACCCAGAGGAGACAACCGGGUAAAUCCAGUUGUGUCCCCACUACAUCUAUUGUACAGUUUCAUUUUUUUUUUUUUUUUUUUUAUAAUUCUCUACUUCCAGGUGACCUUGGGAAGCUACUGUUUUUUUCUUUUAUACUAAGACGGAUAUCUGUAUGUGUGUAUGAGAUACCUCUCCACUUCAUGAAAAAUACAAGAAUUUUCCUAAUCUGAA